AUGAGCGAUAAAAAUGACAUCAAGGUGGAGAGCGACGCUGACAAACAGGCUCAUCAUAAUGCACUGGAACGAAAAUGUAGGGACCACAUCAAAGACAGCUUUCACAGUUCGCGGGACUCAGUCCCAUCACUCCAAGGAGAGAAGGCAUCCCGGGCCCAAAUCCUAGACAAAGCAACAGAGUAUAUCCAGUAUAUGCGAAGGAAAAACCAUACGCCCCAGCAAGACCUUGACGACCUCAAGCGGCACAAUGCUCUUCUGGAGCAACAAGUCCAUGCACUGGAGAAGGCAAGAUCAAGUGCCCAACUGCAGACCAACUACCCCUCCUCAGACAACAGCCUCUACAUCAACGCCAAGGGCGGCACCAUCUCUGUCUUCGAUGGGGGUUCAGACUCCAGCUCAGAGUCCGAGCCUGAGAAGCCCCAGAACAGGAAGAAACUGCGGACGGAGGCCAGCUAAGCCAUGCGGGGCAGGCCAGCGAGAAACUGUCUGCUCACCCAUUGCAGCCUCCUUCAGUUCAUCACUAGAACCCUCAGAACCAUCGAGAAGACUCUUUUCCUUUUCUCUCUAUUAAUUGUUAUUUUGCAUAGAAGCUCUUGGAUAACAGCUCUCACGCCCUGCCCUGUGUCCACUAUUUUUAAACAUAUACCCUCCAGGGGUUCCUGUCCCCAGCAGAAAUUUUAAACCAAAACACCCUAACUUGGCAGCUCUUUCUGUGGAGGACAGACAGCCGGCCAGACCUCUGAGUACAUGGUGUCCUGCCCACCCUACCAGCUCCUCCAGUCCUCAGAGCAUGUGCCUGGAGGAUGCCUGCUCUGCUAGGCUCUCCUCCCAGCCCCCCUUGCCUCUGUUCGGUGGACUUUGUGAAUCUCUAAACUGCUCUACUUUGACAAGAUGAUCAGAUUGGAGUAAUCAGAACGAACCCCCUCUCCUUUGUAAGGAUUAUUUUUGGAAAAGCGGUCUGUCCUGUUGAAAGACCAGAUUCUUGAAGAAGUUUGUGUGGUAGAGAAGGAAAGCGGGGACAGCUUUGCAGCACCUUGUCACAGUCACUCUUCAGCUGUUU